UCCCCCCGACCCCGCGGCUCCUCCCCUCGGGGCCACCCGCCCCAAGCCGUGGCUGCUGCCCGCCCCUGCCUCCCUGAAGCAAGAUGGCGGCGGCGGCGUCGCCUCCCGUGCUGCCGCGCGGCGGCCGCGGGCGCUCAGUGGUCGCUGCGUCACGAUGGCGGCGGCGGCGGGAAAUGCGAGUGAGGGCCGAGAGGAGCGGCUGAGGGGCCGCGCCGCCAUGGACCCCCCGAGCUGCAUGAAGGCUCUGCUCCUCGCAGCCACGGAGUACCGCGCCGCCAGGACUGCGCACAGUGCCGCGCUCCUGCAGCGCAGCCUGGAGGUUAUCUCUGGACUGAAGCUUACCCGUUUUUUUGCUUCAAACCAGAUUCUACCAAGUGAAUGUCUCAGUUGCCUUGUAGAGCUCCUGGAGGACACUAAUAUAAACCCUUCUCUGGUCUUGUCUGUGGUUAGUUUGCUAUCACAGCUAGCUUUAGACACAGAGACUAGAGAAGCUCUCCAGGACACCUACAAUCUCACAAGUGUGCUGGCAGGAGUGGUUCAUCGAAGUUCUACUAAUCUGAGUGAUCCAGUCUUAUUACAGGGUAUUCAGUUGCUGCAGAGACUAACCUACAACGUUCCCAUCUUUUGUGCUGGUGCCAACAUCGAUGGAUUAAUUUUGUUUCUAAUGCAUCAUGUUCAAUCCACUGAAGAUGAGUUAACAAUACCGUGUUUAGGACUCCUGGCAAACCUCUGUCGUCACAACUUGUCUAUUCAAAGUCAAAUAAAAUCUUCGAGUAAUGUGAAGAGUUUCUAUCGCACCUUAAUAAGUUUCUUGGCCCACAGCAGUUUGACUAUGGUUGUGUUUGCACUCUCGGUGUUAUCAAGCCUUACCCUAAAUGAAGAAGUAGGAGAAAAACUCUUUCACGCUCGAAAUAUCCAUCAGACAUUUCAGUUAAUAUUCAAUAUUGUUGUAAAUGGAGAUACUCUAACAAGAAAAUAUUCUGUUGAUUUACUCAUGGAUCUUAUGAAGAACCCCAAAGUUGCAGAUUAUCUUACCAGAUACAAGCACCUCACCACUUGUCUUGGUCAAGUAUUAGAUCUCCUUCAUGGAAGGGAUCCUGAUUCAUCAUCUAAGAUCUUAGAGCUGCUGCUUGCCUUCUGCUCUGUGCUAGAACUGCGUCACACCCUGCGCCAGGCGAUACUGGAACCAGCUGGCUUGCCAGUCUCUGCAAACACCAGACUUGUGACUUGCUCAAAGAGUUUUGAACCAUCUGUUGCAUUGGUGCACUUGUCAAACCAACCAUUGGAAGGCUCUGAAGACUGUUCAGGGCUAGCAUUGCAAUUACUCAAAGAGAUUUUUGAGGAUGUUAUUAACAACAAGAAUGGUAAAUCAGCUGAACACUUUAUGGAUCUUUUGCUGCCUGUUCUUCUUGAUCAUCUUCAGAUGCCAGAACAGAUUGUGGAUGAGCUAUUAGUGAAGAAAAAGUGUGAAAGAAUGGUCAAGGCUAUUAAUGUCCUCACAAUGCUCUGCAGAGAUGACACACUGAAAAUGCAUGUCUCGAAGGUGCUGACUGCCAGCCAAUGCACAUGUCUGAUAGAACAUCAGUUUCCUUAUUGUGGGAUUGAUACUGGCUUUGGAACAAAAUUUGUGGACUCUAAAAUGUGCAAACUUGCUACUGAUAUUAUUUUGAAAACACUUGAUCUUAUGAGCAGAUUGCAGCAGGAUGUACCUGGUAUGAAGGUCAGCUUCUACAAAACGUUACAGGAUCAGCGCUUGAUUACGCCUUUGACAUUUGCUUUAACAUCAGACCAUGGAGAGCGGGUCCAAGUGGGGCUUAAAAUAUUGUUUGAGGUUGCACCCUUACCAGAUUUUCCUACUGUAGCGCUGGGUGAAAGCAUUGUAGCAAAUAAUGCCUACAGACAACAAGAAAUGCAGCACAGAGCAAAGAGAAUCCAAAUGCAGGCACCUGUGACCACCACUACUUCAGUGAGGUGUUCUUCAUCCUAUCCUUCAAGUAAUGACUCCAAAGCUUCAAAUAUUGAGGAAUUAAUACAAAAACUUCAUUCUGGACUAGAGAUGAAGGAGCCCUUGGCUGAUGUGAGGAUAUCUGAUGUAAUGGAUGUCUACGAGCAGAAGCUGUUAGCGUUAGCGUCUAAAGAAACGAGGCUGCAGGAUCUACUGGAAGUAAAGGCAGUAGCUCUGGCUCAGGCUGAGAGGAUGAUGGCUCAAUACCGGUGUCAGAGAGCCCAGGCUGAGUCUGAGGCAAGAACUCUUGCUGCAAUGCUGAAGGAUGCAGAACGAAAAAAUGAAGAGCUUAACGAUUUGCUGAAGGCUCAACAGGUAGAAUCUGAAAGAGCACAGACUGAUAUUGAACAGCUCUUUCAGCACAACAGGAAAUUGCAGGCAGUUGCUGAAGAACAUGAAAUACUAAAAAAAUCCACUCUUGAUCUCCUUCAGAGGAAUGCUGCACAGUUAGUAGAAAGUGAACAUCACAGAAAUGAAUUACAGCAACAGCUGCAGGAGAGAGAUGGCACAAUAGCAACCUUGCAACAGAAUAUAAAUUUUCUGGAAGAAAAAAUAAAAACUCAACAGAAAGAAAAAGCAGAUAUGGAACAAACUAUCGAUACUCUUAGAAAGGAAUUAAGUGAAACACAACAAGCAAGGGAAGAACUGAGUAUCAAGGCAUCUUCUCUGGAAGUUCAGAAAUCCCAGUUAGAAGAAUGCUUGGCAGAAAAAGAAACGCUCAUAAAUCUGCAGAAGGAAAAAUUGGACAUACACGCCAGCGUGAUUGCAGCAAUUCACAAACUAAGUGAUGGCAAGCAAAGUGCAGAAAUAGUGAACCUCAGUCUGUAGGGCUCUCUUUCCUGUGCUUUAUGUAUUCUGUUAAGUGAGCUAAAUUAUAGGGCUGUCUGCCAGCUUUGUAUACAGCACAUGCAGUUUGGUUGCCUUUUUACAUAAUGCAGUUAUUGCUUAGAAAGGUCAGCAACGAAACAAAAUGUUAUCAGAGCUAAUGAAUUAAGGGGUUUUGUUGGAGUUUUGCAAACUCAGUUAGGAAAGAAACUGUCAGUGUGAUGGGUUAAAAACUUUUAGUGUCAAAGUAAAUUUGCAGACAUGGGUGCUUUCUUUUUAAAUGUCUUGGUCAUGGGGAAGGAGUAAAUAAAUGUUGGGAGGGGUUUUGUUGUUUGGGGUUUUUUCCUGCUUUUCUACCAGAAAGUGCUCAAGUAAACAA